AUGCCCGACUCGAACGCCCAAUCAGGGCGGGAUGGCCAUAGUCAGAGGAAGGAGCGCUUAGGAAACUAUGUCGUGGGGACCGAGAUCGGCCGGGGGAGCUUUGCUACAGUGUUCAAGGGGUACCGCUCGAAGACAAAGACCCCUAUAGCCAUCAAGGCUGUCUCCCGACAGAAGCUCAGCGGAAAGCUGCUAGACAGCCUGGAGAGCGAGAUCAAUAUCCUCAAGGUGAUACACCAUAGGAACAUUGUCGCCCUGACAGAUUGCUUUAAAAACGACACCCACAUUUACCUCGUCAUGGAGCUGUGCACCGGUUCCGACCUCUCCUUCUACAUCAGACAUCGCGGCAAGCUUCCGACCCUCGACUUUGUGCCCAAACCCGGAUCCGGCAUGGAGCUGCUACCCCGGAACGAGGAAGGGAAAGUGUAUUGGCCACACCCAGAGAGCGGAGGCUUGGAUGAACGGGUGACGAGGUGCUUCCUAGGACAGCUUGCGCAAGCUCUUCGUGCAUUGCGGGAUCGGGAUCUCAUCCAUCGCGAUAUCAAGCCCCAGAAUCUGCUUAUGCAGCCUGCUACAGACGAGGAAGUCGCUGAAGGUCAUCCGUAUGGUAUUCCGGUGCUGAAGGUGGCCGAUUUUGGGUUUGCAAGAGUACUGGAAGAGACGGCUAUGGCAGAGACGCUUUGUGGUUCACCACUAUAUAUGGCGCCUGAAAUCCUCCGCCACAAACAAUACAACCGCUCAGCCGACAUGUGGUCCGUCGGCGCCGUCCUCUACGAAAUGUCUGUUGGCAGACCGCCCUUCCGCGCCCAAAGCCACGUCGAGCUGCUACAGCGGAUACAGAAAGGCCGCGACAGGAUCGUCUUCCCCGACGAAAAGCCGCCUGCUGCUGAUGGCCGGUCAACACCCACGCCUCAGCCCGUGUCGCCCGAUAUCAAAGCCCUCAUCCGUGCUCUGCUCAAAUACGAACCAAAGCAGAGGAUGGACAUUGACACUUUCUUUGAGUGCGGUGUUUGGGAUGAUCAUAUGACGGAGAGUACGGAUGAGAGCACGACUUUGGAGGCUUCUUCCGAUAACUCGGAGCUGGACUUGAGCGAGAAGAUCAGGCAGAUGGUGGCUAGCACGAUAUCGGAAGAAAGGGCGCACCAGCCGAAAUCUGAUCCGGAUUGCAACCCGCAGCCGAUCUCAAGGUCGGCCGAGGCGACUCCUUUGCCUGUGACUGCCCGUCCUGCUCCAGUACGACGCUCGACACCAAAGUACUAUGUCGGAGACUCUCCUUCCACCGAGCCUAUCGUACGACAACCUUCACCGCCUUCAUCUACUCCUCGCGCCAAUCCUCGACCUAUCAUGACGACAGCCCAGCGUCGACUAUCGGGCAGAGAACCCGCCAGCGUGGAAGAAGCUGGUCCGAUGACGCCACCGUAUACUGGCCCAUCACCUACUGUGCGCCCGUCUAGGAAUGUGGGCGAGGGAUCGCCUUUGGCAGCUGCCCCACCCAUCACCAUGAGACCCGAUGGGAAGCUCGAGAGAGCGAACCCGCUCGACGGGUCGGGUGUCGGUACCGAUUACGUGGUGGUAGAAAAGCAAACGGUAGAGAUCAACUCUCUCGCCGAUGAGCUUGACCAAGCUUCCAAGCGCCCCAUCAUCAGGCGCAGUUCUCGCGGAAGCGUCGUCUCCCGCCCAGUAUCUUCUUUUAAGCCUACCAGCCCCAUUACUGGGAGGAACGAGUCUGCUGUCGCUCCGAUAUCAUACUCGCCGCCGUACCAGAUGUCGUCCACGCCUCCUUUCGCGAUGCAGGCUCAGAGACACUCUCCGAGUAACGCUUCCUUCCCCCGGAACGCUUCCAUUCCCAAGAAUCUGAAUUACUUUCCGCCUGCCGCCUUGUCAGGUUCACCUGGCUAUGGACAAGAUGCCAUUGCUCGCUUCGGUGUCUCUCCCCAGACCGGCGCCUUGGCACGCGCCCUCACGAACACUGCCAUCCGGUUGAUCGGCACCGGCGCCAACUCUGCUGCUACCGCCAUCGCCAAAGCUACCGCCAAGCACCGCCCCACCAUCGUGCGCGUAAGCGAUAUCGACGCUGCUGAAGAGGAACUUUUGCGAGUCAUAGAGGACCUUGCGCGCAAAGCAUUUGUUCUGUUUGAACUCGCCGAUGAGCGUCUUCUUGCUCAGACGCAGCUUGCGCAAGCGGCUCGCGCGUCUACGCCGACCAAUAUUGGUUUGACGGGUACGACUCCGCCUUUCAGUAUGCAAGCUGCUGCGCAGGGGCCCAACAGACGGAAGAGCAGCUCGGGCUCGUUCAGUAAUGAGGUGUGGCUCCUCAGACAGCAAGAGGCGGCCGCGAAUGAGGCGGUGGUGCUGUACAUGAAGUCGCUGGCGUUCAUCGUCAAGGCAAUGGAGAGGGUAAAGAGAUAUUGGAAGGGGAGAACUGAAAGUUAUGAGGGGUAUGUUGCUAGCCAGGAGCUCAACGAGAUGGGUCAAUGGCUUCGCGCAAGGUUCAACGACGUCUACGAGAAUGCCGAAUGGGCCAAGCUCCAUGCAGGCGACAACCUCCUCUUCCCCGACUGGCUCAUUCACGAUAAAGCUCGAGACACUUCUCGCCAGGCUGCGGUAGCCGAGCUUCAGGGUGAGCUGGUAGUGGCCGAGCAGGGGUACGAGACGUCGCUGUGGUUGCUUCAAGUGCUUCUGGAUGAGAGUAUCUAUGAUGGCGGGGACAUUCCGGAAGAUGAUCGGAUUUCUUACGAGAAUUUGAUGAUCCCUGUCAAGACCCGUCUGGAUGCUCUCCGAAAGAAGCUCGCAGAGUCGGGUACGAAUGCUCGUUGA